GGAUGGGCUGGGGCCACUUCCCCCGCCCCCCCACGGAAAGCUUAUCUUUCCACCCCUAUUUAUACCGAGGUCGGGUGUGAAAUUGAGGGAGAGGAGAACCAGGACAUGAGCAUGAUGGGCCAGGGGGUACUGGGGUCUGGCCGCCACCUGCUGUUUGGGCUGUCCCUGGGGCUGCGGCUAAGAGAGGCCGGACGCGGGAUCGGCCUCCGACGGUUUGGCCGAACACCGAGGCGCCAGGACCAGGACCAGGGAUCGGGUUCCCCCACCGCCAUCACCGUGCACUUCAUCUACCAGGACGGAAGGAGGGUCAGCGUCUCCGCCAAGGAGGGCGAGACCCUGCUCCAGGUGGUGGUGAACCAGGGGCUGCACAUCCCCGGCUUCGGGGCCUGCGAGGGCAUGCUGGCCUGCUCCACCUGCCACCUCAUCCUGGACCGGGCCACCUUCGGCCAGCUGCCGGCCAUCUCGGAGGAGGAGAUCGACAUGCUGGACCUGGCCUGUGGUGUCACGGACACGUCCCGGCUGGGCUGCCAGGUGAUCCUGACCAAAGCCAUGGACGGGAGCACCUUCCAGGUGCCCAUGCAGGUGAACGACGCCCGUGGGAAGCAGCAGGAGCAGAAGCAGUGACCUGCCCCGGCCCCCCCGGGCCCCCGCCCCCAGCCUCGGAGGCCGGGAUCCCGUCUCCGUCCCCGGAGACCCUUCUCCCCUUCCAGGACCGAUUCCUGCAGAGAGCGGGGCCGAGAGAGCGGGGCCGCGGCGGUGCCCGAGAACCAUAGUAAGAAUAACGCUGGGAUCUGUUAAGCGACGAGCAGCGUGGCUCGGUGGCGAGAGCCCGGGCUGGGGACUCAGAGGUCGUGGGUUCCAA